AUGAGUAAAUUCCUGCUACCUUUGGCUGUGCUGGGCUUCAUCGCCCUGGCAACGGCACACACGAAUCCCUGGGAACAGCCUCCAGCUCCGAUUAAGGUGCCAGUACCAGUUCCAGUUCCUGUGCCAGUACCUGUGCCUGUUCCUACGCCCGUCAAGAAUCCGGAGCAUGGUGGCGGUGGAGGUGGUUUACUAAGCGGUGGUGGCGGCGGCGGCGGCGGCGGUGGUGGUGUUGGUGGCACUUGCCCCAAGCCUUCACCUGAAAUGCUACGGUGCCUUCGGGAGUGGGCCUGUCAGUACGUCAUUCGUCUGGAUCUGCGCUGCCUUCUCAACUUGAAUGGAAACCCCUUGCUGGGCAAUCUAAUUUCCCUGCCAGGACUCACCGGCGGCGGCGGCGGCGGCACCGGAGGCGGCACCGGUGGCGGCCUAUUGGGCAAUUUACUGGGUUGA